CGAUUUACACGGAUGUGGAUGAACCUCCAAUCAGCAAUCAAAUCUCCAUGUAUAUAUAUAUAUAUAUAUGUAUAUAUGCGUGUAUAUAUAUAUAUAUAUUGACACCCAAAAGCCUGCAGUUGCCCAAUAGAAGAAUAAUCCUCACUUUCAGUUUGCGUCAUUGGGGAAGGGUGAAUUCUCACGUUUUGAAAAUCCGCGGUUGUUGCUAAUUUCCUUUCGUGCGUGAAUUUUGUGAAGAACUCCAGAAGCCAUGGCGAUGACGGUUAAACAAAUGGCUAUCAUCGUUGGAACCCUAGGCGUACUGUCGUUCAUGUUAGGUGUUAUAGCGGAAAACAAAAAGCCUGCUUCUGGGACAAUGAUAACUAGGAAGGAUGUUGUCAUAUGUAAAUACCCAUUCGAUCGAACAGUCUUGUUGGGAUAUUUGUCGAUUGCAUUCCUUGGAGCCUCAUCUCUUGUUGGCUUCUGCUCUUUGUUUUAUCCAUACAAGAAAAAAUCGAUUCCACAGGGGGCAUUGUUCGGGAACAAAGCCUUUCUUGUCUUCUUCAACAUUGCCUUGGGCACAACUGGAUUGGCGCUGGCGAUGCUGUUAUGGCCUACACUCACCGAACAUAUGCAUCAUGUCCACAAUAUUUAUCGUAACAUGAAAACAGAAUGUCCCACGGCCAAAACUGGCCUUAUAGGUGGUGGCGCUUUCUUGUCGUUGAAUUCUUGCCUCAUGUGGCUGGUGGCCCUGAUGCUAGCCGAUAACAUUCGUGCUGAUUUCUUAGAAGAAUCAUCAGAUAUUCGCGAAAAUGAUGCUGAUGAACAUUCCAUCAAGAAUCUUGCUUGAGUAUAUACCUUCUUAACUUUGAUGUUACUUUUAAAUUCCAGUUUUUAAAUUGAACAGAUACUUUAACAGGGGUUGUAGGCUAAUUAUCCUGAUAUGUUUAUAAAUUUUUUAUACUAUUCAUCAGUAAUG